GAGCCGAGGAGUAGGAGUAGGAAGGAAUGGGAAGAAAGAUGAGAAGAGAGCAGAGAAAAUGGAGCGUUUGAGUCUGUCAUGCUGUCACAUCUGAAGCUAAACGUAUCUUUCCAGUGUCCAGAAAGUAAGACCUCUCUCUGUCUCUCUCGCUCCCUCCUUCCUCCUCUCCCCCUUUCUCCCUCUCUCUCUCUCUCUCCCUCCAUCCUGACAGUCUCUCCCUCUCUCUCCCUCUCUCUCUCUCUCUCUCUCUCUCUCUCUCUCUCCAUCCUGACAGUCUCUCUGUCAGACAGAACGAUGAGGUUUUCCAGUCAACCUGCAGACAGAUGUGGAAGCAGCUGCUGCUCUCACCGCCUGACGACGCUGGACAGAUCAGCCUGGAGCAGCAUGCCAUCUUAACCAGCAGUGAGCUGUCCACCUUGGCCCAUCUCUCCACAGUCCGCUCUCUCCACUUGGUGAAGAUGUAGUCUGUUUGAUCUCUAUGGAGAUGUCUCCAAACACUGUCUCCUCUGUCUCGUUGCCAUGGUCACUGUGGUUGCUGUUCUUUCUGACCCCCGUCACCCAGACAACAAGCUCUGCCCCCUCAUCUGAAACGUCGCUGCUGGUCAACACCACGCUGCUGUUUGACAGCGACGCCCCGGGCAACAACCUGCGGAACUGCAGCUGCACCACCCCCGUCCGGGACUGCGACGAGGCUCUGGCCAACUCGCUGUGCAGAUGCCACACCGUUUUGCGCUCCGCUCUGCCCACUGCUGGGCUCAGAGAGCCUGGACCACUCACCGUGUGGGUAAAGGAGCUCUGGGUCCUGGAGGAGCUGCUGAACAGGAGCACGGUUGGCCAUUUGCAGUUGUCUUUUUGUGGAGUAAAGCCAAUGGAAAGUCAGUACCUGGCUCUGCUAGGUCUGCAGACCCUCAAGAUCCACAGUGCAGCACCAGAAGCUCCCUACCCCAACCAGGAAAUUACAAUCUCCCCAGCAGCAGGGGUUGCAGUGGAGCUAGAGGCCCUCUCCUUUGACUUCUCCUCUUCCUUCAAUGUGACCUUCCUGGAUAUAACAGUUCUCAAUGGCCUCUCUGCCCUGAAGGCAUAUAGUGUGGUUGGACCAGCUGCUCACACCCUCUCCCAGCAGUUCCCCCACCUGGCCUUGCCCCUUUCUCUGGCUCUCCCACCCUCUGCUACUUCUGAUCACCCUACGGAGCCCAGUGAGCAGGCUGCAGAGCCUCCGCACAAUCACAAUCUGCUUUUUACUUUUGUCUACUAACAACUAGCUCCCGUUCAUGGACAUGGUCAGGUUUGCAGUACAAAUGACAAACAAUGCACAGGAGUUAUGUACAACACAGCUGGAUGGUUUUUUCGUUCUCCUUUUGCACAGGAAAAGUAGGACAUGUGGAUUAUAAUAACCUUUUGUAUGACUGGCUGCUGUACUGUCAGUCUGGCCCAAAGGUGGCUUUGAACAGAGAGGCUGACAUCUCUCUCACGCUGAUGCUUUUUCUUAAAGGAGACUAUUGACUUCAGAACUGUUA